CGCUCUUCCUCACUUCCUGAUCAAAAGCUAUAAUGGAUGCAUGAUGAAUGAUGAUCACAAGGUAUAGCACUGAAACGACCAAAAGGAUAGCGCGGUGCAUUUGAAUGAUAUGAGACGCCCCAUGUCUGUCCCGAAGUCAAUACCCGCCAAAGUCCAAGGCGAGUUACCCUCUACUGCUUCAGUACCUGAUUCUUUGUUUGAUGAAUAUUGCUUUCGCGGCCAGCGAACACCAAGAACCCAGCCAUUCAAACGAGCCGGAAAGCCCAGCUUAGCCAUUCCAGAGACCGAACAGGACGAUGGCAGCCGAGUUGAGACGAGCCGGCGUUCCAAAUCGACGACGCUUAGGGCUAAGUCCAAGCCCCAGCUCCAGCCCCAGCUCAGAUUGAAUGCUUUGCCACUAUCAGACACUUGUUUUGGAAAAAUGAAAAUCUUGCCUCGAGAUUUCUUUCAAAUUGAUGCGUUGGACCUUGCCCGCCGUUUGUUGGGAAAGUUUCUUCGCAGGGACGAUGUCGUUCUUCAGAUCACUGAGGUGGAAGCAUACAGACCAAAUGAUUCAGCUUGUCAUGGUCGAUUUGGCAUUACAGCAAGAACUGCCCCAGUUUUUGGACCUGGUGGACAUGCGUAUGUUUAUCUUUGUUACGGUCUCCACAUAAUGCUGAAUGUUGUUGCUGACAAGGAAGGAGCUGGAGCUGCUGUUUUGAUUCGUUCUUGUGCCCCCGUUAGUGGAUUGGCUGUCAUUCAGCAGCGCCGAGGGCAGAAAACUGAGAAACCUGUACUUCUUACUGGCCCUGGCAAGGUUGGUCAGGCACUGGGUCUUUCAACAGAAUGGUCCAAUCAUCCCCUAUAUAGACCUGGUGGUUUGGAAGUGUUAGAUGGUCCGGAGCCAGUAAGCAUUUUGGUAGGACCAAGGGUUGGCAUAGAAUACGCAUCGCCAGAGCAUGUGAGUGCCUUAUGGAGAUUUGCCAUUGCAGGUACCCCUUGGAUCAGUGCUCCCAAAAACACUCUCAGGCCACCCUCAUAACAACGACGUGCCGCCUGCAACAAUGUGGUAUUAGGAAGCAGGAUUUUUGUCCGUGAAAUAUGGAUUUCCUAUGAUAUUAACCCUUGAAUUAUGACUAAUUAGUAGUAGUAACUAGUUCUGAGUGCGUUAUAAUCUUGAUGUCAACUUAAGCGCGUGAGUGCGUGCAUGGAGGAGGGAUGAAAAAUAUGCUACCCAAUCUUUUGUUUCUUCUUUAAAUUUGAGUUACAAGAAAUUUUUGCUUU